UACAUUGUAAUUUGUAUCUGUUUUUCAGUAAACCAAAUCCAAAUAUAGAAUCCCUGACACAAAAGUUAAAAGAACUAGAUAUAGACGAUCAACAGCGACAGAGAUUGGAAGCUUUCUUAACACAGAAACAGAAAGUUGGUGAACUUACAGUAGAUGUCUUUGAUAAGAUAGGAGAACUUGGAGCAGGAAAUGGUGGUGUUGUAAUGAAGGUUCGUCACCUUCCAACAGGCCUUAUUAUGGCAAGAAAGUUGAUUCAUUUAGAAAUAAAACCAGCUAUUCGUAACCAGAUUAUACGAGAAUUAAAAGUACUACAUGAAUGUAACUCUCCAUAUAUUGUUGGUUUCUAUGGGGCUUUCUACAGUGAUGGUGAAAUUAGCAUCUGUAUGGAAUAUAUGGAUGGAGGGUCAUUAGAUUUGAUAUUGAAAAAGGCAGGCAGAAUACCAGAACCAAUUCUAGGAAAAUUAACAUCUUCUGUUCUUAAAGGAUUGAUAUACCUUAGAGAAAAACAUUCAAUUAUGCAUAGAGAUGUAAAACCAUCAAAUAUCCUAGUGAAUUCACGGGGUGAAAUAAAGAUCUGUGACUUUGGUGUGAGUGGACAGUUAAUUGAUUCAAUGGCAAAUUCAUUUGUUGGAACAAGAUCUUAUAUGUCUCCUGAGAGAUUACAGGGUACCCAUUACACAGUUCAGUCUGAUAUCUGGAGUGUAGGGCUUUCUCUUGUAGAAAUGGCAAUAGGGCGUUACCCUAUACCCCCACCUGAUCCUAAAGAUAUGGAUGGUUUGUUUGGUGAGAAUGUGAUGGAAGAACACCUAGAGGCAGCACGUACAGGAAAAACAUUAAAAGGAACCAAAAGGCAUAGUUAUAACUUUCCAACUCCAUGUGCACCGGGCCCUGGCUCAGACGGGCCACGCCCAAUGGCAAUUUUUGAGCUUUUAGAUUUCAUUGUUAACGAGCCACCACCUACUCUACCAGAAGGAAAGUUUUCUGAAGAAUUUAUAGACUUCGUAAAUAGAUGUUUGAAAAAGAACCCAUCAGAAAGAGCUGACCUGCAUUCUCUUGCUACACAUCCAUUUGUGAAGAAAGCUGAAGCAGAGGAUAUUGACAUAGGCAAUUGGGUUUGUAAAGUUAUGGACAUUAAACCAGACAGCAAAGGAUGAUAGAUAGAUGAUACAUUCCAACUAGAACAACAUGGAGGGCCUCUUACCCAGUUAACAUACAAACUGCAUAUUGAUUUUUGAUAAAAAUUGAUAUAGUAUUAUAAACUCCUUCUUUUGUAAAACUUUUUUGACUAAAGAAACAUAUAUCUGGAGUAUGAGACAGGUGUGAUUUUUUUUUCUUGACUGUAUAUCGUGAGAUGUAUUUUUUUCUGAAUGUUUUAUAAGAAUAGAAGAAAUUUCUAAAAAUUUCUGGCAUUGAGGAAAAAAUGACAGGAAUUUAGAUUGUAUUUUGCUUA